GGGGGUGGCGUGUGAGGCUAUUGAGAUGAAGCUGAAGCAGCGUGUGGUGGUUCUGGUCGCCGUGGUGCUCCUGUUGGGACUGGCCAAACUCUUUCUCCUGGAUGGAGGAGAGGGCUCCGCCGCCAGCCGGCGAGACCUCCGGGCCUUCCGUAAGAUGGAGGCAGGUCUGUCUCUCUCCCGCGGUGCUCGGCUGACACACACGCUCCAGUCUCCCUGGGAGGUGGCCAGCCAGUGGGUGGGCCCCAGGGAGGUGUACCCUGAGGAGACUCCAGAGCUGGCUGCCGUCCUCACUGCGUUGGGAACGGCCCGGGUGGAGCGUGCAGAUGUGGGCUAUAAGGGCACCCAGCUCAAAGCUCUGCUGGUGCUGGACGGAGGCCAGAAGGUGGUCUUCAAACCCAAGAGGUAUAGCAGAGACUACGUGGUAGAAGGAGAGCCAUAUGCAGGUUAUGACAGGCACAACGCCGAGGUGGCAGCUUUUCAUCUGGACAGGAUCCUGGGUUUCAGGAGAGCGCCCCUAGUGGUCGGGAGGUUCAUCAACCUGAGGACUGAAUUUAAACCUGUCGCUACAGACCAGCUACUCAGUACCUUCCUAAUGCAAGGUAAUAACAGCUGUUUUUAUGGGAAGUGUUACUACUGCAGGGAGAGCGAGCCGGCAUGUGCUGAGGGAGAUAUGAUGGAGGGUUCCAUAACUCUUUGGCUGCCAGAUGUUUGGCCUCUCCAGAAACACAGACACCCCUGGGGUCGCACGUACAGGGAGGGCAAACUGGCCAGGUGGGAGUAUGAUGAAAGCUACUGUGAGGCAGUAAAGAAGAUGCCUCCGUACGACGCCGGGCCCAGGCUGCUGGACGUCAUCGACACUGCCAUCUUCGAUUACCUCAUCGGCAAUGCGGACCGUCAUCACUACGAGAGUUUCCAAGACGAUGGAGGAGCCAGCAUGCUCAUCCUGCUGGAUAAUGCCAAGAGUUUUGGGAAUCCAGCUCUGGAUGAGAGAAGCAUUCUGGCUCCUCUUUAUCAGUGCUGCAUGGUGCGUGUGUCUACGUGGAACAGGUUAAACCUACUGAGGGCUGGGGCCCUGAGUUCGGCCAUGCGACAGGCCCUGACCUUUGACCCCAUCAACCCCGUCCUGGCAGAGCCCCAUCUGGCCGCCCUGGACAGGCGGCUAUCGGGAGUCAUAGAAACCAUCCGCCAGUGUGUGGAGUCGCAGGGCCCUGACAACACCCUGAUAGAGGACCGUAUUAACCUGCCUCACCCAUAGAGAGUGAGGAGGAGGGAGGGGGACCAAGGGAUGAGCCAUGGCAGGAGGAGCUGGGUGAUAAACCCUCGUCUCACAGCCCCUGAGUGGAACAGGAAAUGGACCUGGCAACAAGAAGUGACUUGAAAUAACUGGAUGUUGAGUCCUCUGUGUUGAACCACCCCCCCCCCCCCCCAACACUAGCACUUGCAGGAUACAUAACUUAUUUUGCAUCUCUCCUCGCUACACCCGCCAACAUGUGCACCUCGUGCCAAAAUCUCAGUUUGGUGUAAACAUGGGAACUAAGGCCAUGGGACUCAAAACCCCAACUGAAAUCCACUGGACAAUGGUGAGAGACUAAAUGACCAGGAGUUUCUGGUCAAAUCUGUGAUUGUCACUGACUGAUGUGUCUGCAUCCAAUAUGGUACAAUGUUCCCUAAAUAAAACAUCCAGCCAAAGGAUGACCAAUGUGAAGAGCCAUUUCAGAUUAUGAUUAAGUCUGGCUGUGUUGUAUUCUUGUUUCGGCCCUGUUUUCUCAGACCUAGUUCUUAUUCCUGUACUGACAGCACUUAGAGAUUUUUCAUACAUGCAUUAAAGAGAUCAUGGAAUUGUGGACCACAGUGAAUAUUGAAGGGCAAUGUCAUUUUAGACCAUUAAAAAAAGCUGGAUCAAUCAGUGGAAAUUC